AGCUGUGCAUGACAAGAGUCUCUUCUUAACCAAUGUUAUUCAGCCGGAUAUUACCCCAAACAGGUGAAAGAGCCUGGUUCCUAUAGGAGAGGGGGCCGACCUUGCUCUGCGAAAGGAAGCCACCACAUGUCUUUAACAGAGGUGAACUUGCACCAUGACGGAUAGCACCAAGUUGCCCGACGAGAAGGACAUUGGGAAUCAUCACGAAACUGAGCAGACAGCAUCUUCAUCACUGAAGUCCAAGAAUGACAGGAACAAGAAAAGGAAGAAUGUCCCAGAGCAGACGGGAGAAGAGAAGGAGAAGAAACCAAGAGCAGGGGCUCUGACCAGCCCGUGGGAGGAAGCCCAGCGAAAGGACCAGCCCCCGGCGCUGAAAGAGAAAAAGAAGCAGCCGCGAGCCAAGGAGAAGCCGCUUCAAGAAAACGUCAUCAGCAGAAGCUCUCUCAAGCAAGAGGCGGCUGAGAAUGAGGCCUCUCGCCAAAAGUUGGAAGCCGCGUCGAAAGCUCCGGAAGAGGAAAAGGCCAAGGAAAGGCAGGUGGCAGCUGAGCCCGCCCCCCCCGAAACACCAGCGUCCGGGCGAGAGAGCACAGCCAGAGUCCUUGAGAUGGCUGCCGACUGUGAGGAUUGUAACGGGCAGGAAGUUCCUCACCCGAGGGAGCAGGAGGAAGAGGGACAGCCCAGGGAAGGGAACGCUGAGAGGUUUGCACACUCCCGGAUUCUGCAGGUGCCAGGACAAGAGGAAACCGAAACGAAUGGGGUUGGUGGUGAGAACGGGGCCGUCUCUGGAGAUCCGGAAGGUUCAGCUGAGGAAAUGGACACGGCAGCCAAAGAGGAAAAAGGGGAGCAAAACACUGAGAGAGAGUUGGGCUCAUUCACCCCUGAGGGGCAAAGAGGGGAGAAGCGAGUAAGAGAUGGGAAAAGAAAACGGGACGAGGUAACGGAGAGAGGGGGCGGGAAGCAGAUGGAAAUGGAACAGAGGAAGAAGGGGAAACGGGAGCGAACGGAAAGUAAAGGCAGUGGGAGGAGCCAAGAGAAACCGAAAAAGGAAAGUGCUCCUGGGGAGGGAACAGGCCGGGAGCAGAGAGAUGGUGCAGAACCCAAGAAAGCCACGAGAGAGCAAGGAAAUGCUGAUGCCACCUCGGGCAAGGAUGAAGGGCCGGAGGAGACGGGGAGGCAAGAGGGUCCCCCGAUAUGGGAAGAAGCAAAGCAGCCGGAGAGUUGGGAUGAUGCAAAGGGAUUGGAGGACCAAGGGGACAGGGAAAAGCCAGGGAGGGAGACAACAGGGGAGGUGGAUGCGCAUGUAGGAGAGGAUGAAAUACAGCGGGAGAGAGGAGAGGCCCGAAUGAAAGAGAGAGACAGGGCAGAGGGUAAAGCAAAGCCUGCAAGAACAGGAGAGGAGGAGAACAAAAUGUCCAGUAAGGACACUGAGCGAGAGCAAACGAAAGUCAAAGCAAAUAAGGCCGGAAAGAACCAGAAAGAGAAAAGGCAGGAGAAGCGGGAAGAAAAGGUAAAGGACCCGAAAAACAAGAGGGAAAAAAGGGAAGGCGAGAGGAACAGCGAGGAAAGGAGGGGAAAGAAAAAACCACAGAAGCAGGCGACAAAGGGGGAAGAUGAGCCAGAAAGGGAAAAGGCAGGAGGUGGGGAAAUAGAAGAACAAGAGGGAAUGGGGGAGAAGGAGCGAGGUGAUGUGGAGGAAGAGAGGCCAAAAGAGAACCAAAGAACGAAGGGUGAAAAAGAAAUUAAGGAAGAGAGAGAGGAGGGGGAUGGCCAGGAGGGAGAAGGCUGGGGGAGGAAUGAAAGGCUGGGAGGUGGGCAGACCAUGGAAGAAAAUAGCAUGAGAGAGGAAAAGGAAGAUGGGCCGGAGAAAGACGAGUGGAGGGAAUCAAAGGAGAAGCCAGGAAGUGAGCCGAAGCAGGCCAAGAAAAAACCCAAGGAGAGAAAAGCAAAGGAUGAAACUAAACACCCAGAGAAGGGAAGGAAGAGCAAAGAGAAAUCCAAGGAGGUGGCGAACGAGGGGGGAGCCAAGAAAAGGAAAAGCAAAGAGGAAGACGACAAGAAGAAAAGCAAGAAAUUAAAGGAGGAGGCCGAGGAGAACAAGAAGAAGGAAGAGGACAGCAAGUGGAAGUGGUGGGAAGAGGAGAAGACAGACGACGGGGUGAAGUGGAAGCAGCUGGAGCAUAACGGCCCCUACUUCGCCCCCCCCUACGAGCCGCUCCCCGACGACGUCAGGUUCUAUUAUGACGGCAAACCCAUGAAGCUGAGCAUGGCCACGGAGGAAAUCGCAACCUUCUACGCCAAAAUGCUCGAUCACGAGUACACGACCAAGGAGAUUUUCCAGACCAACUUCUUCCACGACUGGAGAAAGGAAAUGACCUCGGAGGAGCGGAAGAAGAUCAAGCACCUGGAGAAGUGCGACUUCAAGGAGAUUCACAAGUACUUCGUGGACAGAAACGAGGCCCGGAAGGCGCUGCCCAAAGAAGAGAAGCAGAAACUGAAGGAGGAGGCCGACAAGAUCCAGGAGGAGUUCGGCUACUGCAACCUGGACGGGCAUCGGGAGAAAAUAGGCAACUUCAAAACGGAGCCCCCGGGGCUGUUCCGCGGGCGCGGGGACCACCCGAAAAUGGGCAUGCUGAAGAAGCGGAUCAUGCCAGAGGACGUCAUCAUCAACUGCAGCAAGGACUGUAAAAUCCCUGAGCCCCCGUUGGGUCACAAGUGGAAGGAAGUGCGCUGCGACAACACCGUCACGUGGCUGGCUUCGUGGACGGAGAACAUCCAGAACUCCAUCAAGUACAUCAUGCUGAACCCCAGUUCCAAGCUCAAGGGGGAGAAGGACUGGCAGAAAUAUGAAGUCGCCAGGCGUUUGAAAGGGGUGGUGGACAAGAUCCGUUCUCAAUACCGCGCAGACUGGAAAUCCAGAGAGAUGAAGAAGCGGCAAAGAUCCGUGGCCCUUUACUUCAUUGACAAGCUGGCCCUGAGAGCGGGGAACGAGAAGGAGGAAGGGGAGACGGCGGACACGGUGGGUUGCUGCUCCCUGCGCGUAGAGCACAUCAAGCUGCACUCCGAGCUGGACGGGCAGGAGCACGUUGUGGAGUUUGACUUCCUGGGGAAAGACUCGAUCCGGUAUUACAACAAAGUGCCUGUGGAGAAACCGGUGUUCAAGAACUUGCAGUUAUUCAUGGAGAACAAGGACCCCGGGGACGACCUCUUUGACCGGCUGAACACGACAGUGUUGAACAAGCACCUCCAGGAUUUGAUGGACGGGCUGUCAGCCAAGGUGUUCCGAACCUACAACGCGUCCAUCACCCUGCAGGAGCAGCUGAAAGCGCUCACGAACGCUGACGACAACGUCGCAGCAAAACUGCUGUCCUACAACCGAGCCAACCGAGCGGUGGCCAUUCUGUGUAACCACCAGAGAGCCACGCCCAAGACCUUUGAGAAGUCAAUGCAAAACCUGCAGGCCAAGAUCGACGCCAAGAAGGAGCAGCUGGAGGAGGCGCAGGUGGAGCUGAAGAGAGCCAAGGCAGAUCUCAAAGCCAAAAAAGACGUGAAAUCUAAAGCCGCCGUGGAGAAGAAGAAGAAGCUGCUGGAGAAGCUCGAAGAACAGCUGCUGAAACUGAACGUUCAAGCCACGGACAAGGAGGAGAACAAGCAGAUUGCUCUGGGCACGUCCAAGCUGAACUAUCUGGAUCCCAGGAUUAGCGUGGCCUGGUGUAAGAAGUUUGGCGUGCCUAUCGAGAAGAUUUACAACAAGACGCAGAGAGAGAAGUUCGCCUGGGCGAUUGACAUGGCCGACGAAAACUUCGAGUUCUGAGAACGGGACUCGCCACCCGAGAAGCGGAAACAUCCUCGUGCUCUGCUGGUCUCUGGCGAAGUUUUGAUUGUCGGGGAAAAUGGUUCGCAUACGUCAUGUUGUUUUGGAUAUAAAAAGAACACCCGGAGCGUCAGUCGGAAACACGGGUACUACUUCCAGGGGCACCAACCCGGAGUCCAGUGACUGUAAAUAUGAACUUUCAGUUCUUUCUCUCUGCUGUCAAAUACUUUGUGCCUUCAUGCAGUUCUGACAUGAUGGAGGUUAGGUCCGAGUCUGAAUUGUGCAGCAUAAAACGAGAUUAAAUUACCUGAUCCCAUCUCUAUUCCCUCUCUGAAUCCUUGCAUGCUGCCGGAGAGUCCACUAGACAAAACACACAAAGGUAUGAUGCCGCCAGAACCAAGCAACUGGAAACGCUGAGCCGCUAACAUGACAGAAGGGGCGAGGCAGGAGACCUGGAUCGACCGCGAGAAGGGGCAAUCUCCAGAUUUCUAAACCUGUCCGAGCACGAGUAAGAAUUGCAGGAUGUUUCGUUUGCUGGAUUCUUUGGAAGGGGAACCUGGGUCAGAUGCACACCCGUAAUUACAGUGGCUCCGCUUACAGAAUCAACCUUCCACUUACAAAAGGAGCGAUGAUGGAAAAGGCCAGCCGGCAAUUAGCGUUGUGACACAAUGGAUGGGGGAAUUGCACGGUGACCAUCAUGUUCAUUUGAGCAAAGCGCUUGAAUGCAACCACUCUGGAUGACCGUGGUGUAGAAGAACCGUUUUUUUGUGGCCCUGCUCCAGAGCCCGCUGAAGUCACUAGACGUUUUUCCAUCGACUUCGGUGGGCUUUGGGUCAAGCCGCAAGUCUCGUCAGAUAGCGACCAAAGCAAAUCGCCACGUCUGUUCACUUUCACAUGGUGGAAAGGUGACAGGUUGGGAGUAGGGGUAGUAAAGUUAAGUAGGUCCGUGGCUACAGGUCAUGGCUCUGUAGUAGCAGCGACAAUAUGUGGCACACAACGUCACAGACUACGCCCGUGUUUUCCACUGACCUGGUGACCGCUUGCUGCACCCAGCACAAACUGGAUGGGGAUAUACUGUAGGUAAAGUACAGUAUAAUGAAGACUUUUGAUCACUUUUGAUAUGAAGUGCAAAGGGUUUUUUUACGUGUCUUGCAAGCAAGACACCUAUAAUACUUUUGUCUUUACAUUUUUGCACCCCAAAGGUUACAUUGGCUCCCAGAGGAACCCUUCUAUCCUUCAGUGGAUAAAGUUCACUACAGCAUUGUGGUCGGGGGCUCCUUUUCUGCGUGGGGCUUUUCAGCCCGUUGCUCGUGUGUUCACUUAUUUCAGUUCUCGUUUCUGUUUGACGUUAGGUGCUGGAAAUGUUUCAUUAAAAUCUGAAAUAUUUGGAG